AUUAAAGUUUCUUCGUAGUUUAUGAUCUCGAAAAUAGAUAUUAGGUAUUUAAGUUUAUCAAAUCGGGUCUGUCGUUAUUUGCUGUAGAUGGUGCGAUAUCUAGUUACUGAAGCUAAUACCGAAAUAAUUCCAGAGAACACGUAGGUUCCAAAGUGCUUAAGAAAGUGUAUUUUUUUGCUGAUCGCGUUAUUUAUUGUUAAUCGCGCCUGACGCGCGUCAGUGCAUUUUUGUCUCGCGCACGCGAGUUUCUCCACGGUAACAAGGCUUAGCAUUCACGAUUUUGAAUUCACUAUCGUUACGAUGGAGAACAAUUAUAUCGACAACAGUGUGCAUUAUGCUGAGCAAAAGCUGAGUGAGGAUAAGAAAUAUGCAGCGACAUAUUUGAAUGAGACUGACGAGACUAGAGAGAAUGCCAUCGCAGAGAUUAGACGCUGGAUCAAAGAGAGCGACGAUUUGCCCGCACAAACUGAUGAUUUUCUUAUUCUACGAUUUUUGAGAGUCUGCAAAUUUAAUCUUGAGAAAACCAAGACCAGGAUUCGAAAUUAUUAUAAGCAGCGGUCCAACUUACCCAAAUGGUACAAAAAUAAGGAUCCGUUUCAACCAGAACUGCAAGAGCUACUUGAUAUGGGAAUAGUAUUGCCUCUGCGAAAGCCGGAUAUCCAAGGACGAAUGAUUUUCAUUGCGCGUGGAACUCGGCAUGAUCCGAGAAGGCACAAAAUAUCAGAUCUGAUUAAGAUUUGUUUAUUGGCGGUAGAAGCAGCGAUAAAGUAUUAUCCCGCAGCAUCUAUCUAUGGUUACAUAGUGUUUAUAGAUAUAAAAGAUCUAACCGCACGUCACAUUUUUCAAUUACAACCCUACGUGCUAAGAAAUAUAAUUUAUGCAUGGCAGAGCUCCUAUCCUUUGAGAUAUCACAAGAUUGUUAUUAUUAACGCGCCAACAAUUUUUGAUAUUGUUGUGAAGAUUGGCAAAUCUUUCGUUACGGAGAAGUUAAAAAGCAGACUUCAUGUGCACUCACACGAGCACUGCUUUGAAGAUAUUCCAGCUAAUAUCUUGCCUGUCGAAUAUGGUGGUACCGAUGGUACAAUUCAAGAAUUAAUAGGAUUUUGGAAAAAAUUGAUCGAGGAGAAUCGCGACUGGGCUAUAGAGGAUGAGAAUGACAAAACAGAAUAAUAUUUUGCACCGGUAGAUUUAAAAUCAGUAGAAAAUAGUUUUAACACACGCUUAGAUGCACUUUAUCUAUUAUAUGAAUUCUACGAAAAAAAAGUAAUUAUUUCUCUUUUUCUUUGGCGCGUAGGAUAAUGUAUUGAAUGUAUUCUAUUGGUGAUGUAAUAUAAACGAACAAAUACAAUGAAAUAUAAAACUUUUAAGGAUGA